UCGUGUGCCAAUGCAAUCCUCGACGACCAACACGCACACGAAUCAGCGUACAAAGGAAGCUAGCCGUCGCGCAUGGUACGAUAGGAUCAUGCGUUGUUGUCCAAAACCAAAAGAAAACAAGACAGCGUAUUCGAGUGAAAGAAUCCAAUCCAAAAGCUGGUUCUUCGUUUCUUGUUUUCACGUAGUGAAGAAAAACCCGUGUGCGCCCCGGCCUCUAACCUUCUCUCUCUGAAGGCUCUUUAUUCUCCCGCAUAAAGCUGAUCGGCUUCCGCUUUUCGCUGUGCCUUUGGGAGAUCAGAACCAACACCAUAAGACGAAAAAGUUCUUCUUGUUUUUUCGCCUCAGUCCAUCUCUCCGCAGCUCUGUUUCUUGAGCAGGAACUAUGAUUAAGCUCUUCAAAGUAAAGGAAAAGCAGAGAGAAAAUGCUGAAAAUGCAAAUGGAAGGGGACCUGUAAAGAAGCAAAGUGCUGGGGAGUUGCGCCUUCACAAAGAUAUUAGUGAGCUGAACCUACCAAAAUCAUGUGCAAUAACAUUUCCAAAUGGAAAGGAUGACUUGAUGAGCUUUGAGGUCUCAAUUCGGCCUGAUGAAGGAUAUUAUGCAGGUGGCAACUUUGUGUUCACUUUUCAAGUUUCUCCAAUCUACCCACAUGAGGCACCGAAAGUGAAGUGUAAAACCAAGGUCUACCAUCCGAAUAUUGACUUGGAAGGAAAUGUUUGCCUCAACAUCUUGCGCGAAGACUGGAAGCCCGUGCUGAAUAUAAACACCGUCAUCUAUGGAUUGUAUCACCUUUUCACGGAACCAAAUUCUGAGGAUCCCCUCAAUCACGAUGCUGCUGCCGUGUUGAGGGACAACCCGAGGCUUUUCGAGACUAAUGUGAGGAGGGCUAUGGCGGGUGGCUACGUGGGUCAAACUUUUUUCCCGAGGUGUAUAUAGCUUCUGUCAGAUAUUCGCCUGCGUUAACUGCAAAACUAUUGUAUCAGUGUCUGAAAUGCCUGUCUUGCCAUAUAAAUCAUAUGUUAAUCCACCUUGCUGAGAAGAAUUGGGGAAGAUAUGUGUCUGAACAAACAAGUGAAUCUUAGAGGUUAGAUUUCUGUA